ACUAAACACUGAAAUGGUCUAAAGUUCACCAUCUCACUGACUCUCUGUCUAGUCUCAGACUCUACUGAUUCUCUAGAUCUAGAUCUUUACUCUAGACUAGAGAUCUAGAUCCAAGAUUCUGUGUAGUGUACUGUUCUUUACAUUCGUCCAAACAAUCUACCAAUCACACAAUCAUGAGAUACCAGAGCACAAGGGGAGGAGUUCAAGAUGUUGAGUUCAAAGAUGUACUUCUUUCUGGUUAUGCCAAUGAUGGUGGCAUGUUUCUCCCCAUGUCUACACCGACAGUAUCUUCUGCUACACUUCAGAAAUGGUCAGCGCUUUCUUUUGAAGACCUUGCUUAUGAAGUCACAUCCUUGUAUAUUGAAGAAAAAGACAUUCCAUCAACAGAUUUAAAAGAUAUUUAUCAUAAAGCGUUUUCAACAUUCAAAGUUCCUGAUGUAGUGCCAAUUAAAAAAUUGUCAGACAGAUUAACCAUCGCAGAGCUCUUUCAUGGCAGAAGUUUGGCUUUCAAAGAUUUGGCAAUGAGCUGUCUAGGCCAAUUUUACAAUUAUUUUCUAACUAAAAGUCAAGAACACCUGACUUUAGUUGUCUGCACUUCUGGAGAUACAGGAAGUUCUGCCAUUGAAUCAGUUCGUGGGCUACAUUUAGUAGACAUUAUUGUUAUUCUUCCGAGAGGACGCUGCACCCUCAUACAAGAACGCCAGAUGACAACUGUUCUCGACAACAAUGUCCAUGUGUUUAGAGCUGAUGGUUCUUCAGAUGACAUUGAUUUGAUUGUCAGGAAACUAUUCGCUGAUUCAGAGUUUGUCAGAAUGCAACAUUUGGCAUCAUCAAGCUCUCUCAACUUUGUGAGAAUACUUAUACAGAUGGUUCAUUUCUUUUAUAUCUACUUGAAGAUGUGUCCUUCAGCUGAUGAAGAAGUUGAAAUGGUUUUACCCACGGGAGGUGGUGGUAAUAUAACAGCUGGCAUCAUUGCCAAACAAAUGGGCUUGCCAGUUAAACUUGUCUGUGCUGUUAAUCACAACAAUAUACUUUCUCGCAUCAUGAAAUCUGGCCACUGCUUACUUGGAGAUGUGCAAGUGACCAUUGCCCCAGCUAUGGAUAUACAGUUUGCUUACAACCUUGAAAGGGUGUGGUACCUCAUCAGUGGUGGCAGCAGUGAGACUGUCAAAACUAUCAUGGCAGACGUAGAUCGCAACAUUGUGAAUGUGCCAAGUGACAUUAUAGCAUUGAUGAAUUCUUUGAUCAAAGUGUAUGUGGUCUCUAAUGAUGAAGAGGUCAAGGAUACUAUCAGGAGAUGUUGGAAUGACAAUGACUAUUUUAUUUGUCCACACACAGCUAUUGGAGUGUCUUACAUUUAUGCCGAAUUGAACUCAAGUUCUAACAAGCAGAAGUCAGUUGUCUUAGCAACAGCAUCACCCUUAAAGUUUCCAGAUGCUAUAAAAGCCUCAGGGUUGUCACCACCAACCAGUGAAGCCAUUGAGGAUUUGUUGACAGCUCCCACCAAGUAUACAGACUUAGACUUAGGUCUUGAUUGGACUUCUAUUGUCAGAAGAAAAAUUGAAGAAAUAACUUUGUCAAGAAAAAUAUAAUCAUGAUCAUGGUAGAAACAUCUCAUAUUAAUAUUUGUGUUACAAAUGAUCAAGUCUAGAAAAAUUUUUUUAAGCAGUUCUCUAAGCUCACAAAAAUAUAAUGACCGUACACCAUUUCAAUUAGCUAAUCAACAGUUCCUAUAUUUUGUUCACUAGAUACACCAAAGAUGAAACUCUCCAAUGUUGACGUAUUUAUUGUAGAAUUGUCGUUAGGUAUCUCAUAGAAUACAAUUUUCUGUUACAGAGUGUCACUCCGACAACUUGAACAAUUGUUAUACCACUGAGUAUUUUAUAAUUUUUAAGUUUUAAAACAAGUCAUCCAAGAUUUACAUUUAUAUAUUUAUUUGAAUUGUAAAACUAUGUGUUGAAUGAAUGGCAUUGUCUUUGAUUCCAAAAAUUAAGGAUGGGUGCAGUGUCUCACAUGGCCAUGAAAACCCAGUUUUGACCUGCAUAUUUUCCCACAUCAGAUGCAAACAAAACCCUUGCCCGGCGUGGGUAUGUUUGAUUUCUUUACUUCAUCUACAAGGGCUUUUCUUUGGGCCUCAAAUGUCCAUCGUCAUUGAGGGCUAAAUGGCGCCUGAGUUGAUCUAUAUAGCACAAUGAGUGUGUUGAAUAAAUGGAUGAAAAAUGUGAAAACUCUAAUGCUGUUACAGUAAGAUACUUUGAGAUUUGCUGUCAGGCUUCUGCUGCAAUUUCUAAUUGUAUCCAUUUACUUUUUCACUUCAUAUCUACAGAACUAAUUUUUUCAUUGUCAGUUUUAAAGUUUUGAUGGAAAAAGUUUAUUUUUAUAAGAUUUUCUGCACUCAUUAGACUCAAGUAAACAUGUAGGAAAUAUUUCCUUAAAAUUCAGGGAUUACUAAAUUAGUUGCUCUUUUAACAGACUUUUUUUUUUUUUUUUUUUUUCUGAAAAAAUGAAUUUUUAAAAUUAGUGUCAGUUUAACUGCAGAACUUCUUGAAAUAAAUGAAAGUAGCCUAAUAUCCGUGAAUAAAUGUGCGAUAGUUUUAUGUGUAUCAUUUGGUGAAGCCUUGGCUGAUUCUGAGAGAACUAUGGAGUAUGUUGGCUAUCCAAUUUGUUGUUCGUCAGUUAUAGUUACAAUUUAAACUUCACAUAUUUCAUAUAAGCUCAAUUGUAUUCCUCUACUCAAUGUCCAUAAAGUAAUUGUUGAUCUAAGAAAAAAUGUUCCUGAAUAAUAAAACAACAAAAUAAAUA